GCUCGACAGCAGGCACUGGGUCAUCUGGCGCUGAAUCGUCUGGCUCGACAGCGGCAUCGGGUCACCAGCCAUGACAGCGGGCACUGGGUCAUCAGGCAUUGGAUCGUCUGGCUCGACAGCGGGCAUCGGGUCCUUAGGUACCGGAUCGUUUGGAUCGACAGCGGGCACCGGGUCAUCUGGCGUUGGAUCGUCUGGCUCGACAGUGGGCAUCGGGUCACCAGGCAUGACAGCAGGCACUGGAUCCUCAGAUACCGGAUCGUCUGGAUCGACAGCAGGCACCGGGUCAUCUGGCGCUGGAUCGUCUGGCUUGACAGCGGGCAUCGGGUCACCAGGCAUGAUAGCGGGCACUGGGUCAUCAGGCAUUGGAUCGUCUGGCUCGACAGCGGGCAUCGGGUCACCAGGUAUGACAGCGGGCACCGGGUCAUCAGGCAUGAUAGGAUCAUCAGGCUGGAUCAGCUGGGUAGAGACAUCAGGCUGAAGUGCGGGUGCCGAGGCACCAGG